CCCGCCAGUACGCUACACACCUUCGCGCGGGGAGCUUCCUGUGCCAGCCGCCGCGGCCCCCACAACACGUGGACGUCCUUAGUGCCACCGAGGGCACCCCCGUCCCUGCCGUCCUUCCGGAGUGUCCCUGCGUCAGGCCGCCAGCAGACAUGCAGCGCGAUGCACACGUAGCCCACGGCGGCGCCCCCGUCAGGCCCGCCUCAAACCGGGGUCAAUGACACUGCCAUUACGGAGACACACUCUGAGGGGAGUGAACUCACCAAUUAAGCCAAGCCCUGCACGGUGCCUUACCUCGACCCCCCGCCGCUGCUGCCUCAGAGUGACGAGCGUGACGCCGCGCGAGCUUGAGUGUGAUCAGAAAGAGGAGAGAGAGGAGGAAAGAGAAAGGAGAGAAAGAAGGAAAGAAAUAGAGAGAGAGAGAGAGCGAGAGCGAGCAGAGGGCAACAGCCUAAUGAGCUGUGAGCCGCGGUGAGGCGGCGAGCCGUGCGUCAGGUCAGGCUGAGGUGCGCCGCGCCGCGCCAGGCCCAUGCCCCUGUGUGUGGAGGUGGUGGUGGGGGGCUGCGCCGCGUCCGGGGUGCUGCGGGCCCCGGGGACGCCUCCCUCCCCCAUGAAGAUGCCAACCAGAAGAAGACUCUGCUGCAGGCCCGCGCCCUACACGCUAAGGGAUGGGUCGUCGUGCCGCGCUCUGCAGCAGCUGAGAGGCGCCGUGGAGCGGGAGUCCAUGGCGCCGUCCCUAGGCUGCGGUGCCCGGGGUGCUGGCGGCGGCGGCGGGGGCGUGGGCACGGGGGGGAGGCCGCUGCUCGCCCGCCUGCCCCUCGCCCACCACGCCCAGCUGCAUACCCUGGCGGACCUCCUGGACGGGUGCUCUACCAAGGCGGAUCCAUUCGCCCACCAAGAUACCAAAGUGAAGACAGUCUCCAAGUGCCGCGGGUGUGACAGCUUCACCCUCUGCAGCCUUCUCUUCGGCUACGAGGAGCAGGAGAACACGCUGGAGAUAGAGAAGCUGACGCCCACAGCCCUCCACGUGGCCUGCCUCCUGCCUCAGCCCGGGCCCCUCGUCAGCCGGAUGGUGGGCGUGGGCGUGGGCGCGGAGGUCAACGAGGCCAAUGUGCUAGGCCAGACACCCUUACACGCCCUGCUACUCGGUGACGUGCGGAGUACCUCGCUAGUGGAGGCGCUGUGCACGCUGCUGGCCCACGGCGCGGACGUCAGCGUGCGGGACAACGCCGGGGAGACGCCGCUCCACCUCGUGCGGAACCUCCUGCGGCAAGGCCUGUACCAGCGGGCCGCGCAGGUCGCUCGCAUCCUGCUGCAGGCCGGGGCGCACGUCGACGCCGCAAAUAAUGAGGGCCGCACGCUCCUGACGUACAGCGUGGAGCACCUGGACGACUCCCUGCCCCUGACGCGGACGCUGCUCAACCACGGCUCCUCAGCGUGGGGCGCCGCGGACGGGACGGACAAGGACCAGAGUGUGUUUACCUGGUUCCUCAAGGCUGUGAUCACCCACCGUCGCGUCGAAAACUGCGCCUACACCGUUGCCAUCCUCGCCCACGUGAUGGCGGACAACCCGCGGCGCAUGCACCAACAUAUCCUGAGGACCAUGUUUAGGCAAUCCAGGUGUUACAAGGUUUUGGGUCCCGUCUUCCUCGAGCUCAAGACCCUCAUGAUGCCGCACUGGACGCAGCCCCCGACCCUCACCUCCCUGUGCUGGCGAACCGUCCGUCACUCCCUCACGCCAAAGAGGAUACACUCCGGGGCCCCAAAACUAGGCCUCCCCCCGCCCCUCGAGUCCUAUAUCCUACUGGGGGACACUACCAACACCUCCUCCAAUCCUACAAGUGAUUCCUAGCCCAGGGGAAGCGGCUGAGAGAAGGGUGAAGACUAGAACGUUGACUUCGUGUGGGAGUCUUAGUGAAUCUGGCUGUGGUAUAGUGCUGGUGGUGGUGGUGGUGGUGGUGGUGGGGAGGGACUUCAACCACAGCCCCGUGUUUCCAGGGUGGUGUGGUGGUGUGGUGAUGAUGUGGAGGUGUCUGUGGUGGUGAUGGCGAAGCGCUGUGGUGUGUGUUGCGAUGCGGUGUUUCGCGUUGUGUUGUGUUGGACGAGGCGAAGCUGACGAUGUCCAAUGUUGUUCUUCCUCCAGUCAGCGUGUGUGUGUGUGUGUGUGUGUGUGUGUGUGUGUGUGUGUGUGUGUGUGUGUGCGCGCCACAGGACGACAUAAACAAUAAAUCAGUCCACAACUUCCAAUCUCGCAGUGCUGUCGUGGUCCAACAUGUGGCGGUGAUAUGUCUAGGCGCCUGUGUGUGUGUGUGUGUGUGUGUGUGUGUGUGUGUGUGUGUGUGUGUGUGUGUGUGUGUCGCGGAGUGGCGUCAUGUGGACCCAAAGCGUGCGGCAGGGCGUGGUGCUGUCCUUUGUGGAUGCCAGACUCCUCCUCCUCCUUCACCGCCUCCUUCAUCCUCUGCCUCGCCACAGCCCCGCCCUGGCCGCGAGCUGCCCUCCUCUGUGCCUUACUUCCCCGCUGACUGUCCACACGCAGCGUAAGGCGUCUCGCAGCAACUGUAAGGCGAGUUCCUCGAGAGGCAUCCUAACAUUUAGGUUUGCCUCCCGGGUCUUCCACAGCAAACACUCCCGUCAACAUUCUCAACAGGACGCGACGCCGAGAGGGAGGGGGGUCAAGGGGAUGCUUAGAGACGUGUGAGCGGACUGAACCUCGCCCCCUUCCCCCCUGUACCCCCGUCCCCCCCGUGUGGUGAGGCUCUAGGACCCAGAAACAGCCCGUAGAAAACUAGUGAGCACAAAGCAUGUUUCUGAGCCUUGUCCGUGGUCCGUGGCGUGUGGUGUGAGCGCCCCGACCUUGCCCCGACCCUCGCUGCCUCGCUCCCCGUGUGACCAAGCCUUCAGGACACAGAAGCACUCCCUCAACACCAGUAAAGACAACACGCGUUUCUAAGCCUCACGUGGGGUUCGGAACGUCAGUGUCUCCGUCAGGUGAAGGCCAAGUCUCAGUUCGAUGUGCCUUGCGUUAUCAUGUCCUCGAGGUGACUAACGCCGCUCCUUGAGGAAGACCUGUGACAAUACACGUGUCUGAGCCUCGCCAGUAAGGGUGUGGAGGUGGUGUUCCUAAGCAGGCGUCCUUGAGCUCAACACUGCCCCUCCAUAGCACAAGUAACACACACACACACACACACACACACACACACACACACACACACACACACACACACACACACACACACGUACAGCCUGCCCCCCACCCACCCCCACCCCCACCCCAACACACACACACACACACACACUCACCACCAUACACACACUGCCCCAAAACACAUCUGCCCCCCACCCCACCCACCCACCCACACACAUUGCCCAAGAUCACAAUUGUCCCACCCCCCACACACACACACAAACACACACCGCCCCAGAACACAGCUGCUCCACGCACCUGCCAAACACACACUACCUCCCCCCCCCCCUCACUCACUUCCCCAGAACACAACACACGCCUCUCAGCCUCCUCGUCGGGGCAGGAGGCACCCCGUCAGUCCGUCUCCUCGAGGUGCGUAGCGUCGGCCAGCCUUCCAGUCCCUCCCCCUCGCCGGCAGCAUCGCGCGGCGCAUCAUUCUCAGUGUUCCUGCAGCAGGCGGUGUAGCAGGCGUGGGCGGUGUUGCCGCGGUGGAGCCCUCAACAAUACUCAGGUGUUAUAACUCACUGUGAAUCACGUCUUGCUCGUUCUUGCCCAGGCAGGCUUAGUCCGGCCCACCUCGCCUUCGUCCCGUGUUCCCGACAACCCGCAAUGUUCAGCCCAAGAUGGAGAUAAGGUCCAUAUUCUUAAACCUAUCAGGCUCCCCUUACGACUCUUUCCCAAGGCUACAGAGAAGAUUAAUAGAGUUUUCAUGGGUGGUUUUACAGGUCAAGGUGUAGAAGUCGUGUCAAACUAUCACCAGGAUCACACAACAGUCCAUGAAAAGUUCAGCAACUUCUACGAGAGGCUUUUCAAACAGGCGAAGUAAGGCGCUGGUAUGUUUAAAAAUACGGACUUAUGUGUCGAUCUUGGCUCAUGCCGCGUUGUGCUGUGUCGUGCUGUGCUGCGCCGGCCAGUGCUUGUGGUCGCCGCCCCGUGCCCCGCCACCACACCGGCGGACCCAAGACACACCCGCCUUGAGGCACCCCGAGGACCGGCAGCCAGGAGUCACAACGGCACAAUGGUAUGGGAAGUGCCUCGACGGUGCCUGGCUUGGUGCACGGACACGAGGCGGCGCGGGGGACGCAUUGGUGACUUGGUGGUGCGUGCGUGACUAUGAUGACACGUGACACUUAUAUGACGGAGCGGUGGUGUGUUAGUGACUGUAUGAUGACACGUGACACUGACGGAGCGGUGGUGUGUUAGUGACUGUAUGAUGGCACGUGACACUGACGGAGCGGUGGUGUGUUAGUGACUGUAUGAUGGCACGUGACACUGACGGAGCGGUGGUGUGUUAGUGACUGUAUGAUCGCAAGUGA